AGAGAUAAUUCUCGGUAGUUAAAUGAAAAUCGCCUAUAAUCAUGUAUUUAAUAUCAUUAUACUAACUGUAUUUAACUAGAAUAAACUGAUAUUAAUUUGAAAAAAUAUCUCCGAACAGUUUAGAAAAAUAUCUCCAUAAUCGGUGGUUGGAUAGGUGUUCAUUAUGGUUAUGAAAAAAUAUUCGUUUUUUAUUUAUUCGAUUACUUCUCUUCAUUUUGUUAUGACUGUUGAGUCAUCAAAGGAUUAUGGUUCAUUCUCAGUACACGUGAAUCACCUAGAGCUGUGUAAGGGUCCAAAACGCAGAGACUGUAGCGAUAUCAAAGCUAAAAUGCUCAACGAUGUCGACUUAUCAUAUGACAUUGUGAUCAAAGAGGACGUCAUUCCGACCAGGGGGAAAAUAUUUGCAAGUCUCAAUGGAAAGAACGUCAUCCGUUUUCAGAUGAAAAAGCCUUGCGAUCAUCUAUUCAUAAAGCCACUUUUUCAAGCAAUACUAAAUGUGACAGAUAAUUGCGUCUUUCGUAAAGGUAAUCAUCACUUACAAUUGAAUUUAGACACAGUUGCUCAAAAAUACUACGGUGGCAUGUUCUUGUAUGGAAAUAUGACGUUUAAAUCAGUAUUUUAUAAUGAUGCCUGUAAUUUGUCCUGUACAAUUGUUCAAGUGGAACUACUCCCGAAGACGAAUACUACUUUGACGAAAAAUUAAAUUCGAACUUUAAUUUAUCGUAUUCUACGUCGUUAAUUUAAUAUCACAUUCUAUUUGUCUAGCUAAAGCGGGCCAUAGACGGUCUUCGGUCGGACGGGCGGUCUUGACUGCAACAUGCGGUCGCCGCACGGCGAUCUGCAGUUUCUAUACUAAAUUCAUAUCCGCAAUACACGGACCGCUCGAGCAGUUCCUGAGCAAAUCGCAUAUUGCAGUCGGUCUUGACUGCAACAUGCGGUCCGUCUAUGGCCAGCUUAAUACUGUAAAA